UAUUUACUAGCCGUCGGAUCACUUAUCAUCUUCAUUAUAUAUAGCCCACCAUACAGAUCUUCUACUUCAUGCGCCGUUCACAUUCACUUCUCUUCCUCUGUCCACUCUCUCUGAAGUUAGCUUAUUAAUUUUCAUUUUGCAAUCUUCACUUUGUGCUCGUAUAUUGUUUCCUAGCAUCUAUUUCGAUUUCGAUUUGCUAUUUGAAAUUGGCUUCACUAUCUGGUCGAUGUGGAUUCUUUCAAUUCCCUUUAGACUCGUUCCCUUGAAGCAAUAGUUAUAUGUGUUGUUUUUUCAUUUCACUUCCACAAUCCUUUUUUUAUUGGUUCCGGGAGAAUGCGAGAACAACUAAAUUAUAAAUUGUAAAUUAGAUCUUUUCAUUGAUGAGUACGGGGAAUGACUAGUUUUAACUGUGAUGAGUUCUUAACAGACCUGUAAUGAUUUGCGGGAAUGAUCGCAGAUUUAUUGAACAUCUAAGGGGCUGAGUUAACUAGUUCUUCACCCAACUUUCUCUUUGAUUCUUGUUUUCAAACAUCUUUUUACUUAUUUUUUGUAUGUGGAGAAUAUCGAAAAAUAUGAUUAGAUCCAAGAACAUAGAGUUGUGAAACAUAACAUUACAUUGUGGGUACGAUGUCGUCGGAUUUCACACUCGAAUCAUUCACAGUGGAAACCAGCGACUGCGUCAAACUCCGUACGAGGUUGUUCAAACCCGGUCCAAACAUAAACAUCAAAGACGAAAACUUUGCGGUGGUUCUCGUCCACCCAUACUCCGUUUUGGGUGGCUCACAAGGUCUCCUCAAAGGCAUCGCUUCUGGGUUAGCUCUAAAUGGUUACACCGCCGUCACUUUCGACAUGAGAGGUGUCGGAAAAUCCACCGGAAGAGCAUCCCUCACCGGAUUCGCAGAAGUUAAGGAUGUUGUCUCUGUCUCCAAUUGGGUCUCUCACUCUCUCUCCAUUCCCAAAAUCCUUCUCAUCGGUUCUUCCGCCGGUGCUCCUAUUGCUGGUUCUGCUGUUGAUAAGAUCGAAGAAGUGAUUGGAUAUGUGAGUAUUGGUUAUCCAUUUGGGAUCACUGCGUCGAUUCUUUUUGGGAGGCACCAUAAAGGAAUACUGCAAUCUGGAAAACCCAAAUUCUUCAUUAUGGGGACACAAGAUGGGUUUACUAGUGUGAAACAGCUGGAGAACAAGGUUAAAUCUGCGGCUGGGAGAGUUGAAACGCAUCUGAUUGAUGGGGUUGGGCAUUUUCAAAUGGAAGGGCCUGAUAAUGAUGCUUAUAUGGUGGAUUUGAUAGUUAACUUUAUUCGAUCAUUGUGAUUGUAAUUUGUAACUAUAAACAAAUGACUUAUUCAUGAGUGUGAAUUGUGCUUGAAUACUAAGUUUAGUUGUGUACAUAAUCUGGCCGUUGAAUCGGCAUAAUUCUAGGAAUGUCAUGAUUUUGUCAUAUUCAUUUACAACAGUUUCUUACAAGUGUUUGUCUGUUGGUGUAAGCCCUAGAGGCUAAUACAUUUUGGUACUUGUAUCGAAUAAUAAAAUGCAUUCUCUUUA